UGAAAAUAACCUUGCCGGGUAAUAUGAGCGAGUCGAAACCCAAACUUUCUUUUUCAUUCAGUCAACGUAAAAAGCAGCUGGUCUUAAGCCACACGCUUAAAAGUUCAGACACAAUUAAUAGUUUGAGGCUAAUGAGAGUAAAAAAGAGUUCAUCACUUCUAUUGAAGACAACAUAAUGCAUAAGAGAAUAUCAUUAUACCUUUGAAGCGUAGCAAAAACAAUUUCAGACAACGGAUGCAAAAAAGGUUCCUCGCAGCUGACCCUUUAGAUGCCCUUACUUUGGAAGCACUAAAAGAAAUUAAAGAGGAAAGUCAAAAAUUUACAAGUGGUAAUCGUAAUGAUCAUAUCAACUAUGAUAUUAAAAUACCUAUGGGAGCACUAGACAAUCUUGAAGAGACGGACGAUGCGGAUUAUGAUUCUGUCCCUAUAGAAAAGUUUGGCGUAGCGCUACUUGCUGGUAUGGGUUUUGAUCCGAAAUCUGUUGAUAGUUCUAAAAAGUACCACAUGUAUUCUGCCAUAUUUAUCUUCAGAGAUAUCCUAUUACCUCAGCGACCAAAGGGCCUUGGACUCGGUGCAGAUCCGAUGGCACUUCAAAAUGCCAAACACGAUUCACUGAAGGCAAAGACAGAGCAGUUGUCAUGGGUGACAGGUGCACGCUGUCAAGUUAUAUUUGGGAAGAACAAAGGUCUUUACGGAACGCUAGAAGGACUGGAUGGAGAUACUGGUCGAGUAAUUGUUAGACUAAAAAUCUCAAAGGAAGCGAUCACAGUACUUCAACAUACUGUUCGUUUGGUAUCAAGCAAGGAAUACGCCUUAUAUUCAAACUGUAUAAACCAAAAUGAAGUCGAUGAGUAUAAAGCACGUGAAGCGGAACAGUUAUCACUUAAAUCAGAUCGUGAUUCAGAUCCUCAGUCGUUGAAAUUACGAUCGAGCGCACUACGACAUGCGACGAAUCAUAAUUCUGGUUCUAGGACAUUGAAGGCUUCAGCAGAAGAUAAACCAUUAAAAUGUGAACCCAGGAGACCAUCUGGUAGUAUGGACUGGUUAAGGCCGAAAUUAAUUGUACAAUGCUCAGAUCGAAAUUACUGUAAUGGAAAAUAUAGUGGAGAAAAGUUAAUUAUUAUGACAGUUAACUCUCAUCGAUGCAGUUGUAAAACGGAAUCUGGUCAAAUAAUUGAAGGUCUUCCCAUAAAGUAUUUACAAACCUUUAUACCACAUGAAAUGAAUUCUGUUCUAAUGAUCGUCAAUGGAGAUCGGAAUGGCCAGCUUGCACGCUUAAUUAAAAGAGACAGUCGCAACCAAUUGGUGAAUGUAAAAACUCGAGCUGGAAUUCUUCUACAAUAUCAUUUUGACAGUAUAUGUGCAAUCAAUGAUCCAUUCGAUAAUUAA